GAUUGUUUGGCAAUGGUCCAUGCAUGUGGAUCGUUAACCAGCGGCUUGUACUUCAUAUGGCGAGGAAGAACGUCUCUUUGCGUGCAGUUGUGGGGAAAAGUUAUGUGUACAUUCCGGGAGUGUGAAGACAUCGUGCCCAGCUAUCCACCGUGGACAACGGUCGUGGUGGUGAAUGCAGUUGAAUCCCUUUGGUUUACAGCCGUGCUCCAUGUAGGUCCUUGUCGGUUCUUCUGUCUGUCUCAAGCGAACACGUUGUACCUCAGUCCAAUCCCAAAUCCCCAAGAAGUUCCGGACCUCCAAGAAAAGGGAAAGUGAGGAACAAACGAAAGAAGACCAGGUUACUCUACGCUUGGCUCCUGUCCCUCUGCUGCCUUAACUCACUUGAGCUAACCUUACUAGCUGACGACACUAGUUAUUCUGUACGCCGCAACCUACUGGCUUAGGAUAUACAGAUGUUCAUAUGCCAUUCAACCACCGCAACAUCCUUGACUCAGUUCUUAUUACUCUUUCUACAUCUGCUUUGCGUUGCUGCAAGCCAGUAUCCUACAUAUUGCGCUUACUUUUGGCCGUGGUCUUUGUCUCUAUAUAUAAGAC